ACGGCUGUGAAGAGUGGUGUCCGUGACACCGCUUUAGAUCUUCCAGAAAACACGAAGCAGCUCACCGAACUCUACUGGGACGCCAUUUUGCUAACUGAACGUGGGUUUGUGGAUACCAACUAUGACAACUAUGCCAGCUUUCAGAAAUACGUAGUACGAGAAGUUGGCAGGACACUCACAAUUCACGAUAAGGGAAUAAAAGUGCAGUCCGCGUGGCCUGGGAAGACCAUGUGGCGGACUAUUGGGCUUGCAUACUCGCUGCUCUACUUUCCCAGCUGGUCUGGAAUUCCCUUUUGGUCGAAAAAUGAUGCCACCCGACUCCUGGUGGUGCUGCUUAAAGACAUACGAAACGUCGUCAAAUCGCUGCUCAUGGCUUUGUUAGAGUACGCAGCAACACUAGGUCUCGCCUGGCUUCGAAUACAUGUGCUGAGAGACGUAGAGGGUAUCAAGGAACUUUUGAGAAAUCUCAACUGGCUUGGUGGACGACUGGUACCCAACGAAGACCGGUUUAAGGUCACAGAGCACUUGACACCACUGGAAUGUGCUAUGUUUUCCGAUGAAAAGUACGUCAUUGUGGAAUUCGAAUGCUGA